AUGUAUCGUAGAUUACUGUUUAUUGUCAGUUUCAUUACUUUUUCGUUAAUUAAUUUAUCAAUCCAAGAUGUUGAACAUUUGAGAUCCAAGAAAUUAUCCAUUGAAUAUUCAAUUGAACAAACUAGAAAUCAAACUAAACAGGAUGUGAAAUAUGCAAUAGACGCUUUAGAUGAAAUUGAGACAUUACAAAAUCAAUUCAAUAAAGGAAUAUCUGGCAAUAACAAAUCAAUUAAUAACUUUACAUAUGAAUUUCAAUUAAACAUUGCCAAUGAAAUUACUAAACGUUUAUCAAAAUACGAAAAAUUGAUAAUGAAAAAGAUGAUAUUGAGUUCAACUUCCAAAAUUCAGAACGUAUGCCUUAGUUUAAAGAAUUAA